GUUUGUUAGAGUCUGUUAUUUUGCACACUAACAAAAACAUAAUGGCAUCUGCUGGACUUCAGAUGUUGGCCACUGUCCUCGCGGUCCUCGGCUGGUUGGGAGACAUCAUUAUCUGCGCGCUCCCCAUGUGGAAGGUGACGGCGUUUAUUGGCACCAACAUCGUGACCGCGCAGACCUUCUGGGAAGGCCUCUGGAUGAACUGCGUGCAGCAGAGCACGGGUCAGAUGCAGUGCAAGGUCUACGACUCCAUGCUGGCACUGCCACAAGAUCUCCAGGCAGCUCGAGCGCUUGUUAUCAUCUCCAUCCUCGUGACCUUCUUGGGACUUAUCCUGGCCGUCGCUGGAGGCAAGUGCACCAACUGCAUUGAAGAACGGGACACGAAGGCUAAAGUGGGGGUCGCGGCCGGCGUCGUCUUCCUGGUGGGUGGCGUUCUGUGCCUGAUCCCGGUCUGCUGGUGCGCAAACACCGUCAUCCGUGACUUCUACAACCCCAUUCUGUCUGAGGCUCAGAAGCGCGAGCUGGGGGCGUCGCUGUUCAUAAUGGCAUCUGCUGGACUUCAGAUGUUGGCCACUGUCCUCGCGGUCCUCGGCUGGUUGGGAGACAUCAUUAUCUGCGCGCUCCCCAUGUGGAAGGUGACGGCGUUUAUUGGCACCAACAUCGUGACCGCGCAGACCUUCUGGGAAGGCCUCUGGAUGAACUGCGUGCAGCAGAGCACGGGUCAGAUGCAGUGCAAGGUCUACGACUCCAUGCUGGCACUGCCACAAGAUCUCCAGGCAGCUCGAGCGCUUGUUAUCAUCUCCAUCCUCGUGACCUUCUUGGGACUUCUCCUGGCCGUCGCUGGAGGCAAGUGCACCAACUGCAUUGAAGAACGGGACGCAAAGGCUAAAGUGGGGGUCGCGGCCGGCGUCUUCUUCCUGGUGGGUGGCGUUCUGUGCCUGAUCCCGGUCUGCUGGUGCGCAAACACCGUCAUCCGUGACUUCUACAACCCCAUUCUGUCUGAGGCUCAGAAGCGCGAGCUGGGGGCGUCGCUGUUCAUCGGCUGGGGCGCGUCUGGUCUGCAGCUCAUCGGCGGAGCGCUUCUCUGUUGUCAGUGCCCAAAGAGUGACGGUCGUGGUUAUUCCGUGAAGUACUCCGCUCCAAGGUCCGCUCCAGGAGCCUAUGUAUGAGACCCAGUCUGGACCGAAACUAAUUCUCCUGUUUAUGAAGGAAGAGCUAUGAAUUUUAAUCCCUGGUCUUGGGUGACCAUUUUAAUUCAAUAAAUUCACGUUUGUUUUA